AUGUUGGUGGACGAUCGAGGAUGGCUUUAUUUGGGACCGAUAUUAUUAGGGCUGGUGUACUUGGGACAGCAGGACUGCCUCUUGUUGCAAUUGCAUGUUUUUGAAUUAUAACGCUUAACAGAUUGACAUUGACCUCUAUUUUUCACUGAUUAUUCAACUAGAAGGUCGGUAGCUGUCUUGCCUGUGAUGUCAUUGGUUUGAAAUCCUGUAACUAUACUUCAGAGCUUCUUAAUCGUACUGGUAUUGACCAGACUGCCCCUGAUAGAUCCUGAUGCUGAUCAAAGUCAAUGUCUAUCAUCCUCUUUCGCAGAAGCUGCAUUUUCUUGCUUUUCUAAUAUAGUAGAGACAGUUUUCAAGGGGAAAGAGGUCAUCUUCUCUUUUCGUUUUCAAGGGUAGUGCGACGUGGUCGCAGGAUGGACUUCGUGACUCUCUAAUAUUAGCAAUACAGCUGUGUUUUUUCGCAGCCGCCUUUCGCGCAAGAACUAUAAGAUUUCAACAACUAGUUCUUUGCGGGAGUGGCUUCUACUGGUCAUUGUUUUGAGGCUACCGCUGAAGCAUCCUCAGCGCCAUCCCUGGCCUUUUUUCUACUUGAAAAAGAAGCCAAGGAUGCUCUGAGGGAUGCGAACGCGGUAGCUCUAAUCGUUGGUUUACUAUGUCCAGUACUUUCCAGCAGGCACAAAGACCCUCUUCUGCUUAAGUUAAGACUCAUUCAUCUCACAGUAGAAGUUCAUAGUAGUUCAUCUUAAGAUGAGGCAUCUUCUUCUUUGGUCCUCUUUUCUCUGGAAGUAUAUUAAAAAUCAAGGACAGGGACAACAUGGGAGCUGCACUUCUUCUAAAUCGGCAGAGAAAACACGCCACAGCAAGAUGCUUUUCAAGAUGAGUAUAAAAGUCAGCUCUAAUUUCUGCGGCGAGUUCUUGAACCCCCUUUUCAAUGCUGCAGCUCGUUCUGCUAUAGAAGAAGAGAUAGGUCUAUCUGAAGCUCUAUAUUUAUAAGAGCAAUUCUAUGAUAAUCGAGAUUGAAGAUGCUUGCGUUGGUCCCUCGUCACGCUGCAUUUAAAUAUUCCGUAGAGAUAACUGAUCCCUCGCCAAACUGCAUUCACAUACCCUGUAGAGAUAGUUUAGCCCUCUUCAGGCUGCAUUCAAAUAUUAUUCUGUAGAGAUAGUCGACCCCUCUCGUCGAAGAUGUAAGUUGUAGAUAUACCUACAGACAUGAUGCUGCUACAUAGCAAUGAAUCAAUCGAGGCGUGCCACCUGCUGCAGAGGGUGGAUGGAUCAUUGGAGGCGCUGCGCGCCGCACCUCUCUAAUCUGCGACGUGACGGCUAGUAGCUGCAGUUAUUGCCUUCAUCACCGGAUCAGCUUCCUGCCAGAGUACCUUAAUUUCCCUUAAUAUGAGAUCCAUUCUCCUCGAGAAUACUCGCUUCUUUCAGUUUAUCGAAUAAGUUAACUCUUUUUUUGUCUAAGGUCUACCUCUACCUGAUUAAUAGACUGCUGAUUACGAAUUAAUAUAGCCAGUGUCCGUAAUAUGGGGUACCUAAAAGCCAUUGACAUUUGUGCGCUUUCACUUCUCAUGGGAAAAGCCAGGCACUGGCAGAAUCUUCUGAAGUUUACGACGAGUUCACAUAAGACUUUUUUUGAGCGAGCCAGCUAUCCUAUCUGUUACUUCCAUGCUACUUCAAGCCUGAAAGAAGUGCUUCUUCAGGAAAUCAAUCUCGAUCAGUGUAGGAGCUAUACUCAAAAAUUUUUGGAUAUUUGAGUUUGAAAGUUGAGUUUGCGACUCUUUGAGUGCAGUUCUGGACUUCUGAUAGCAGAAGCCUGGGAUUAGUUGUGGGGUACUGGUAUAUUAAUCUAAGUACUUAUUUAUCAAUAUUUUGAUCUUAUAUAUCUGACUACCUUAGACCUGCACCAAUGUUCAAACUUUAGACUUCCAAAUUCCAAAUUUUCAAGGACUACGCUGUCGUUGCCAUUCCUUGAAAUCCACCAACUUACACCUAUGAUAAUUCUUUUUAGACCAAGUAGUGUACGUAGCACUAGUAUCUAUAAGUAUUUUCACUACGAGGAUUGAUAUUUUCAAGAACUAUUCCUCAUUUCAAUGAAUUGGAGGUGCAUGGAGAUGUUGACCACAAGGACUGUCAACAUGCAAAUCGUGUUACAACUGAGGGAAAGAAGCAAAUUAUAGUCAUAUGUGGAAAAGAAAAAGAUAGCUAGUGCUUGAAAUUAUCCGUAGCACCGGCGUGGGGCAGAUAAGCGUAAAGUCCUACGCGAGACAAAAAAUGAGUCCCCUUCUCCAGUGGGUACAACAAUCACGCAGUUAAUAAUCUUCCGACAUAUAUUUACAUGCCCAGAAAGCGGGCCCAUCAAGGGCCCGCUGCGCUGGGCAUAGGUUAACAACUAGACAGGUUGACCACUAAGAGACAGAAAGACAAACGAAAAAAGUCGCCAAGUCUGCUCGCCAAGGCAGGGAAGCUGGCCCCCACUGUGGUGAGGCUAGUGAGGAGGCUACCGCUGUGGCUACUGCCUUGGCCAACUUGCUUGCUAGGGGCAAGCCAAUGGGCGCCAAGGCUGGCCCGCUGAGCGUCAUGGAGUCCAUGAGAAGGCCACGCUUGGACAUAUUUAGGCGCAGAGGUUGGGCCCUUUUGAGUGUGAUCAUGUCCAGGAGAAUCCUAAAGCAUAACAUACCCAUGGGAUGGCAAAAGGCUGACACUGGCGAGCGUCAUGGACGAGGCCCAUGAGAAAGCCACGCUUGGGCAUAUCUAUGCGCAGAGCCAGAAGCUGGGCCCCAACCUUCAGGCGCGGGGAUGUGUCUAUAAGCUUGGCUGUUUCAUGGACAUGACGCAAGACGCCCACCACGGUCCGCGCCUCAGAAAUGCAAUGGCCCACAGUUAUCAAUCUCACACACAGGCAUCGACGUCCUCAGCCUUCAGCCUUCACCGACGGAGGUGCAUGCGCCUGGCCUUCUCAUGGACAUGAUGACGCCCGCCAGGGUCCACCCUCAUCCACUUCCUCACAGACAUCGACAUCCUCAACGGCUUCGACUUUCACAGGCAAAGCGGUAUACCUUUGGCCCUCUCAUGGAUAUGACGACGCUCACCAGGGUCCACCCUUCAGACACGCAAGUGCUCAAGGCUAUCACUCUCACAGACAUCGACACCCCCAACGGCUUCGACUUUCAAGCGCAAAGAUGUAUGCCUUUGGCUUUCUCAUGGGUAUGAUGAUGCUCACCAAAGUCCACCCUUCAGAACUGCAAGCGCUCACGGCUAUCGGUCUCACAGACAUCGACAUCCUCAACGGCUUCGACACUCAAGCGCAAAGACGUAGAUCUUUGGCCUUCUCAUGGAUGUGAUGACGCUCACCAGGGUCCACCCUUCAGAGAUGCAAGUGCUCACGGCUAUCAUUCUCACAGACAUCGACACCCUCGACGGCUUCGACUUUCACACACAGAGAUGCACAUCUUUGGCCUUCUCAUGGAUAUGAUGACGCUCACCAGGGUCCACCCUUCAGACGUGCAAGGCCUCACGGCUAUCAUUCUCACAGACAUCGACAUCCUCAACGGCUUCGACCUUCAAGCACAGAGAUGCAUACCCUUGGCCUUCUCUCUCAUGGAUAUGACGACGCUCACCAGGGUCCACCCUUCAGACAUGCAAGCCCUCACGGCUAUCAUUCUCACAGACAUCGACACCCUCAACGGCUUCGACUUUCACACACACAGAUGCACGCCUUUGGCCCUCUCGUUGAUAUGAUGACGCUCACCAAGGUCCACCCUUCAGACAUGCAAGACCUCACGGCUAACAUUCUCACAGACAUCGACAUCCUCAACGGCUUCGACUUUGAAGCACCGAGAUGCAUGCCUUUGGCUUUCUCAUGGAUAUGAUGACGCUCACCAGGGUCCACCCUUCAGACAUGCAAGCCCUCACGGCUAUCAUUCUCACAGACAUCGACAUCCUCAACGGCUUCGACUUUCACACACACAGAUGUACGUCCUUGGCCCUCUCGUUGAUAUGAUGACGCGCACCAAGGUCGACCCUUCAGACAUGCAAGUCCUCAAGGCUAUCACUCUCACAGACAUCGACAUCCUCAACGGCUUCGACUUUCAUACACAGAGAUGUAUAUCUUUGGCCUUCUCAUGGAUAUGAUGAUGCUCACCAGGGUCCACCCUUCAGACACGCAAGUCCUCACGGCUAUCAUUCUCACAGACAUCAACAUCCUCAACGGCUUCGACCUUCACGCGCAAAGUUGCACACCUUUGGCCUUCUCAUGGACAUGAUGACGCUCACCAGGGUCCACCCUUCAGACACGCAAGUGCUCACGGCUAUCAUUCUCACAGCCAUCGACAUCCCCAACGGCUGCGACUUUGAAGCGCCGAGGUGUAUGUCUUUGGCCUUCUCGCGCAUCAAUAUGAUCACGCUCGUCAGCCUCUACCCUUUCAAGUGCUCACCCUCUCCCUUACAAUUCUCCCGCUUUUGUGCUGGUUAGAAGUAGACUGGUCAACCAUCUCCAAGGGCUGCCGCGCGCUCCUGUGCCGUGGUCGAUUGCUGUGCGCGGAAGGUAGUCGCGGAAGGGGAGCGAGCUAACUUUUUUCCAAAAACUUCAGGGAGGUCGUUCAGUUUUCUCUGUAUUUGAAUGACCUCCCUGAAGUUUUUGAAAAAAAGAAAAGGCGCUGGGCGAUAUAUGACAAGAGUAGCGGCUGGCAGCUCGUUCGUUGGGGCGAUUCGCUAGGGGUGGGCGCGUAGUGUCUUGCUGCAGAUGUGGCUGGUGUACGUGAGUAGCCUACAAACUAACAGCCGCGAACACGUUAGCACGUUCGUGACACCUUUGAACUCGUAGUACUAGCAAGGGCCUUAAGGAGCCGCUGUUAUUAGCCUAAGUUUAUAACAGCUUGUCCUUAAGGGAGCUCCUUAAGGAAAUUUUUUCCCUCUUAAGGAAAGUUAUAAUAACUUUUUAUAAUAAAAAUUCUUUAAGGAAACUGAUUUCUUUAAGGAAGCUCCUUAAGGAAGCUCCUUAAGGGAGCUCCUUAAGAGAUUUCUGGCAAUUGCUAAUACUAUAUAUACUAAUAUUAAUAUCCAUCAGUGAGUCUUGUUUGUCGAGUCAAUCAAUCCAACUUCAAUGAAUCCAUCCUGAAUGAGUCCUGACAUCGCAGGUUUUUCGGCCUUGCGUCUGGACGUGGAAACCCAAUGAAUCGGAGCAUAGGCGACACCAGCAUAGCCUACUACACUGCGCACUUACUUAUGCUUUGGACUAAACUUGAUGACUAAAUAACUUGAUAACUAAGAAGUAGAAUUAGAAGUAGAAAGUAGUAGCGUAGCAGUCAGUGCCGGCUGUAGGUCGUAGACCCCUGUUUUCUUUCUUUUUGGCUCUUCAGUAGCCACUGAAGUCUGCUGGUUUAUCUAGUGGACCCACACCUAACCUAACCUAACUAAUGAUCAUUCUUUUUCGUAAUUUUCACAAGUUGAAGCUUUACUCCGACUCACUAAAAAUCAGCUGCGCAUUGAUGUGCGUACCAAACAAGUGCUGAAGAAGAAGAAGAAGCAGCAACUAUCUUCACUCUGCAGUUGUUGUUCUUUUAAAUUUCUUAAAAAUACCAUUCUCUUUAGAAAUGACAAUCAUUCUAGAGUAUGACUCUUCAGAUGAACUGCUUAAACCCGUCUUCCCUGGACUGGGUCCCUCGUCGUUCUCACCUUUAUCAGGAUCUCUGUUUACUCCUGCCUCUUCCUUAAAGAUAGACUUCCUACUACUACGAAUGCGAGGACUACAUCUACAAGUGGUAAGUAAAGUUAUACGACUAGUAGCCGGCUAUAGGUAGACGAGGCGCAACCAUCAGCAUCAUCAUCAUCAUACAUCAUCGGCGGCAGUACUGCGAAGAGUAAAUAAAUUGGAAUUGGAGUUAUUAAUAAAACUAUUGCGAGGACUACGUAUAACAACUCCUGGCGAAAGAAAUCAUAAAUAGCCUAUUCGUUUUGUUACAUUUCCAAAACAAAAGAGCAUCUCGAUCUCUAACUCCCUGUACCCGUUGCUGCAGAAGUUAAGGCUUCCCCUACUCCAUCUGCGGAAGCAUCCCGAAGAGGCUUCACAUUGGGAAAAGACGCCUAGGUUGCAGCCCGAGAUGGAUUAGGGUGAGCGCUAAAGAAGCUGCCGUUUGUUGGCUUCUACGUGACGCAUCUUGGCUGUCUUCUGUUAUGGCUCUCUUCAGCAAACUACUUCUUCUAGGUCGUGUCAAUGAAUCACCCUUCAUCACCGCUGUACUAGGGCCUACUAGUACAAGUAUGAUUCAGCGCGGUGGCCUAAGGCUUCAAUGAAUCAUCCUUCAUACUUCAUCUAGGCGUCACGAGCACUUCACUCGUUGUAGCCUCCUGUAAUUGUAGUCUACAUUUUCAAGGAGCACAAGAAGCUAUUUUUAUAAGGCUAAAAAUUUUAUCUUCUUUCGUUGCUUCUUCCAGAGAAGUAAACUCUUUUUUGUCUGAGGUCUUUUGCCUGAGUAUUAUCUUUCGUUGCUUCGUCUAGUUCUGCUUCUGGGCGUCGCGAUUGUGUCUGAGGUAUCUGUGGUCCGUCAUCUCCUUCCGGUGGAAGUCAUCCACUCGGCAUCUACUUCUACUUCAUACUAUAAUGAUAUUCAUACUCAAACCACCAUCGAAUCUUUCUGCAAUAGUUGUUCACUACUGGGGACCAUAUAUAAUAAUUGUUCGUGCCUUAAAGACAUACUUGCUGAUACUUGUUUUUCUCUGAAGGAAAGAAGUUAAUAUUUAUUAAAUUCUUUUUGAUGUGUCAACAUGAACAUCUAUAUCUAAGGUCUACUACCUGAAAGUUAUGUAAUCGUAGGUGUGCUAUUGGUUGCAGUAGAACAGCAACAGUAAAAAAAGGCAUAUAACCAAUAGCAUAUAGCCAAGACCUCAUCAAGAAAUGGUGGGAGAUAUCUUCAAUCUCAGAUUCGCCCUCUCCUGUCGCUAGCAAGUUGAAGCUUCAGAGGAAUCCAUCUAGAUCAGGCUUCUUCAGGAUGACAUCAUCAGGUCUAGGGGAGGCCUGCGGUUCCUGUUCUCCAAUAGCUAUAAUAAUAAUCAUUCGUAGUUGCUUAUACUGCUGUUCGAUCUCGUCUAAUAUGCAGUUGCGCUACAGGAAUCGGGAGCUUUGCCUUGCUCUUUCGGACCUAUCAGGACGUGAAGGACCCGUGUCUCAUCAAUUUCAUCAUGUACUUACCUUUUCAUUUCCGUACUAUACUCAAUGAAUGUAAUGAUCCGUUCGUUGUUCCUGCUUCAAGCUGAUGAACAGGCAGGAGUUAUCAACUGGGAGUCAAACAUGAUCUUUCAAAAACAGGAUCCUGCUUCAAGCUGAUGAACAGGCACGCUAGUAGAACUAGUUGAUGCACUUACUUCUUUUUUCUCGCUUUUGAUGAAUGAUUGAACCACCUUACUUUCACCCUUCCUGAAGUAUGCCACCACUGUAAUGAUUCAAUACAAAUACUAAAAAAGAAGAUAAUUGGUCGUGUCUUUUUUUUCAACAAGUGGUUGUGACCGAGUUUCCCCUGGUUGGAUAUCACAAUAGUUGUUUUGAUUUUUGCGUUUGUCUCAAGAAGACGAAAAUCUACCUCGUCUCACUUAUUAUUUGAAAAUUACUGUUCCUAUUAUUGAUGUUCUAAGGCGGCCAAAGAUGAGAGUCAUAAUUAUAUAUUUAUUUAUAAUACUGUUCCUAUUAUUGAUGUUCUAAGGCGGCCAAAGAUGAGAGUCAUAAUUAUAUAUUUAUUUAAUAUUCACCUCAUAAAUAUUUUUACUCCUCGUAACAUAUAUCAUAAACAUGUGCAUUCUUUCAUCAUGUUCGAUCAAUGUUAUCAAUUCAAGUAGAUCAUGUUUAAUCAAAAUCGCCUGAUUUGUACUACCAAAGUCCUUCGUCUACAACAGUGCAGCUUGUACUUCGUCUCAUAAUAUAUCUACAACAGGUACAUAAUAAAUUGGGGACUCGCGCGCGCCAUGUGCCUGCAUUUCUACACCUUGUACUAUGAUAAACGACUGGUAAAAAAGCGGGAAUAGCUGGAUCCGCGGUAGCAGGAGGGGUCCACGAGUGGUAGGACGAGCCACGAGUAGGAGGAGGAGAUGAGGGGACCAAGGAUCGCUUACCCCUCGAAUGGGAAUCGGUAAACUACUACUAGUACUACUUUCCAGUAGUACGUAGUAGAAUCAUCCCCGUGACUGAUACCUCAUGUGACUGAUACCCCAUGUGACUGAUGGUGCUCCAAUUUCUUGGUAACCUUACAACUAGAUGGCCAUCAAGAGUUUGCUUGUCAUACAACUACGACGCAACCUUCGCUACACAAUGACGACGCAACCCUUGCUACACAAUGACCAUGCAACCCUUGCUGUUACACAACGUCAUAUUUGAGCCUUUUUCACAUCCUCAACAGUCGCUUUGCAUCGCGGUGAUCUACCCAGGAUAUUCUUGUGUCCUCGCGGUGCUCUUCUAAGUAACAACGAUGUUCUAAGCAAAUCAUUCCGCACUAGAGGAC